AUGCAGCCAUUCCACAAAUCUUCAUUAGUAUUAGGUGCAAUUGACUGCUUCCAUGAUGUCAUCCUGACCCUUCAUGUCAUCCUGGCCCUUGAGGACCUCAGCACAUGGCACUCAUCACCAUCCGCCAUUAUUAUUCCACCAACUUUAAAAAUCACACCUGAGUGCAAAGAAAACACAUCAGUGUCUAGCAUCAAUGGCUUCUCACAAUUAGCAGACCACGUAAAAGACUUUUUAAGGUACAGACAUUGUAAGAACUUUGAGGUGCUUCAUGAUAUUCCCAGUAAAUGUGAUGGACCCCAGCAAUCGGACAAGGUCUUUCUCUUCCUUGUGAUUAAGUCAACACCAGCUAAUUAUGAUCGCCGUGAGGUUAUACGGAAAACAUGGGGUCAGGAAAGGGUUUUCAGUGAAAUGCAAAUAAAAAUACUCUUCAUAUUAGGAGUAGAUUCAAAGGAGAAGGAAAGAAAGAAGUUCCAGCAACUGAUCCAUACUGAGUACAAACAGUAUGGAGACAUUCUUCAGUGGGACUUUUAUGACACAUUCUUCAACCUGACCUUAAAACAAGUCCUUUUCUAUGAAUGGUUUAUUGAGCACUGCCCGAAUGUGAAAUUUCUCUUCAAUGGGGAUGAUGAUGUCUUUGUCAAUUCAGAUGACAUGGUGCACUACUUAGCAGGUCUAAAAGGGAAUAAUGGAGAUAAACAUUUGUAUGUUGGGCAGUUAAUUCCUCAUGUGAAACCGAUUCGUAAUGAAGCGAGCAAAUAUUGUGUGCCUAAAGAAGUAUAUCCAGCAGAAUUUUACCCAGCAUACUGUGCAGGCGGUGGGAUUGUGAUGUCAGGUUUCACAGCCAGAGAAAUCUACAAAGCUUCACAUAUUAUUCCAGUUAUGCCGAUUGAUGAUGUAUACCUUGGUAUAUGUCUGAAAAAGGCAGGCCUAUCACCUGCAUCUCAUAUGGCUAUCUCUACUAUAGGUGUGCAUGCUCCUUCACCUUCUGUGGAUUCGUUUGAUCCUUGUUAUUACAGGGACUAUCUAGUGGUUCAUCGCUUACUGCCAUAUGAGAUAGUGGUGAUGUGGGACGCUAUACAUGACCCAAACCUAAAAUGUGGCAUGUCAAAAUUAUAAUUGUAACUGAUGGCCACAACAUCUGACCAUUCAAUGCCUUUUCAGUUUUACUCCGAGGUAAUUCUGUAUUACAUUUACAGUCAAUGGUAUAUAACAAUGAUGUAAAUUCAAUUUACAGUAUUCUUGUUAUAAUGGCCUAAGCCACAAUAUUUCUAAGAGACUGUGACAAAACAAUGACUUUAAUCUUGCAAUGUAAAUUUGUCCGUAUUACUGUAGGGGGAAACUCUCCUGUAGAAAUUAUGACUUGCAUCAUAAAAGGUAUUAAGGAAAUGAUAUGGAUUUGCUGAAGUCAUCAAUGAUGCAUCAUAAGAGUAUAUGACAUCAUCACGCUUCAGACCCAGUUACAAGAUCUGAAGUCUCCUGAGCCAGCUGCCCUUAUGACAUACUUACAGUAUUGUUCCUAAUAUUCUGCAGACCAUGGGAAGUUCUACAAAAGGACAAAAUGAGAACAGUGGAAGGACACUUGAAAACAUAUAAUGUUUGUUGAUCUGUACUCCUAACCAUUAUUUAGUUUGAAUUCCUCUUCAGUUCUGCAUCUCUCACUCACUGCUUGUCCCACCACCUGCUCAGUAGAGUAAUUCAUCUUUAUCUUUUUCCUCUAUGGCCCUUCCUCUUUCCUGCCCUGCCCUUUUCAAUCCAAGGUACCCACCUCCUUUUCUAGACUCUGUUGACUCAGAUCAUUUGCCUCCUCUACUUUCUGUCUUCCAUAUUUUAAAAUAGUAAGGGUUGCAAGAAUUUGCAUGCACUCUGCUUCCCUGUCUGGUGUGCAUUUUAAUGCAUUUUGUUAUCCUUUUCUGACUUCUCCCUCCACAGUAGUAAUAUAUUUCUUUUAUCAAGUCCUUUACUGCAGUCUGCAAUAGCCUAGGGGAUCACAUUUUGAAUUCUGGUAUGACUUAAUAAUAAAAUGAUAAAAUGGAUUCUCAUAA